AUGAACCGUGGAGGAAGAGCAGGAAGAGGGAGAGCAGCAAGAGGCCAGGCAGGUUUUCUGGACCAACAGACUGAAUUGGAGGAGCCUGCUAGUGGAGGGGAAGAAGUGGAGAAUGCAGACACUGGAGGACCUCAUGGCACUGAGGGUGAAGGUGGUGCAGAGCCAACAAUAGCUGAUCUGGCUGAAAUCCUGCGAACCUAUAUGGGGCAACAGGAAGUCCGAGAGGCUCGCAUGAAGGAGGACGCGGCGCGCCAGGAGCAGAGGUUUAGAGCACUGCAGCAGCAGUUCCAGCUUCUGCAGGAUGAGGUACAAAUUCUCACUAACCCUGUUCCUAGUUUGCCAGCAGAGUCGGAACCCUUGGAGUCAGAGGCCUAUGACAGGCCUCCUGCACAGGCCCGAGCUCCUUCCUCAUUAGAAAAUGCACACCCUGCUGAUGCUUUCUCAGGUCAGUCUCGAUUCUCCCUUGAACCUAAGUUGGGAAAGCUGACAGAGAAUGAUGAUGUUGAACAUUUCCUUAUCACCUUUGAAAGAAUUGCGGUAGCAUGUCGAUGGCCUAAAUCUGACUGGGCUUUCCGGCUUAUCCCACUAUUAACUGGGGAGGCAAGGAGUGCCUAUGUACACAUGGAUAUUGAUGAAUCACUUGACUAUGAAAAAGUAAAAUCAGCCAUUCUAACUAAGUAUGACAUCAAUCCUGAGACCUACAGGCAGAGGUUCCGCUCCCUGGAGGUGAAACCUGGCGAAAGUCCAAAGGAGCUUUAUUGCAGGCUAAAAGAGCUAUUUGGGAAAUGGACCCAGCCCAAAGGUAAAACUGUACAGGAGAUCAGUGAAAUUCUUAUUUUGGAGCAAUACUUGAGAAUGUUGUCUCCUGAGCUGCAGGUGUGGAUUCGGGAGCAUGGUCCUUCUUCAGCCUCUGAAGCAGCUGCACUGGCGGAUGUGUUCGUGGCUGCCCGGAAGAAAAGCCAGCCCUGGAGCUAUAAUUCCUGGAAGGCAGGAAAGGAGGCACGCAGGCCAGCUCCCCCUCAAAACCACCAGAGGCCAGCCGCAGGUCAGAAAUGUAAUGUUGCAGUCACCAGAGCUCGAGUGAAGCAGCCAGAUGAGCCAUCCCUGACUCUCAGUACCUUGCCUUUUUAUGGGGCCGAGUUGGAGACAAAACCCGGGAAGUCUCGGAAACCACGCAACCAGAAAAGACAAGAGAAGUUUAAGGGUACAGUGGUAAAGACAUCUGUGGAGGCUGCUCCAGAGCUGCCUUUAGGCUUUGAGCUGCCAAAUAAUGUGAUUGAGUUGCAACAGAGUGAUUCCAGCUUGACUACUUUCUUGCAGAGAGCAAAGGAGAAGGAGACCAAGGCUGACACCAGCACAGAGGAAUACUUCUUGCAGAAUGGCAUUCUCUACCGGCAGCAUGGGCCAGUCGCACAGCUAGUGGUUCCUCAAGCAGCCCGAGAUGCAGUACUUACCUUGGGCCAUGCUGUUCCCUGGGCUGGCCACCUGGGGAAACACAAGACCACAGCGCGCAUCAAGCGGUACUUCCACUGGCCUGGCUUACGUUUUUCUCAAGAGUAG